CUUAGACACGGUACGGUUUGUUCUCACUGUUUCAGUGGGGUUGCGUUUCUUCUUCACACUUUGUUUCUCUCUGGUAAGGGGACAGCGCGCGCUCCACCUCUCUCUGGAGCUAUGGCAACCACAGCGGUAGCCGAGUCCAGAAAGCUUCCCCGACCGGGUCGGGGAGGCUUCGAAGCCUACGGAAUUACAGAAGAGGAGGCCCGGGUCCGGGCCAUCGCCGAGAUCGUCAACUCCAUGGUGGACCUCUCCCGCAAGGGACAGAACGUCGACCUCAACGCGCUCAAGUCCGCCGCGUGCCGUAAGUACGGUCUCUCGCGCGCCCCGAAGCUCGUUGAGAUGAUUGCCGCGCUGCCCGAGUCGGACCGCGAGUCCCUGCUCCCCAAGCUCCGAGCCAAGCCGGUCCGGACCGCCUCGGGGAUUGCCGUUGUGGCCGUCAUGUCGAAGCCCCACCGGUGUCCCCACAUCGCCACCACCGGUAAUAUCUGCGUGUACUGCCCCGGAGGGCCCGACUCGGACUUCGAGUAUAGCACUCAGUCAUAUACUGGAUACGAGCCCACUAGUAUGCGCGCAAUUAGGGCAAGAUAUAACCCUUAUGUCCAGGCUAGGAGCAGAAUAGAUCAGCUCAAGCGUUUGGGUCACAGUGUAGAUAAGGUUGAGUUCAUCUUGAUGGGCGGCACUUUCAUGUCACUGCCAGCAGAUUACCGGGAUUACUUUAUAAGGAAUCUACAUGAUGCUUUAUCAGGACACACCUCUGUGAAUGUUGAAGAGGCAGUUGUGUACUCUGAGCAUGGUGCCACAAAGUGUAUCGGCAUGACCAUUGAAACGAGGCCAGAUUAUUGCCUUGGACCCCACCUGCGGCAAAUGCUUUCAUAUGGUUGUACACGAUUGGAGAUUGGAGUCCAAAGCACAUAUGAGGAUGUAGCUCGUGACACAAAUAGAGGACAUACGGUUGCUGCUGUUGCUGAUUGUUUUUGCCUGGCAAAGGAUGCUGGUUUCAAGGUUGUUGCACACAUGAUGCCUGAUCUUCCAAAUGUGGGGGUUGAGAGGGACUUGGAAAGUUUUCGAGAAUUCUUUGAGAGCCCUUUAUUCAGAGCAGAUGGGCUUAAAAUUUAUCCCACUCUCGUAAUUCGUGGAACUGGGCUUUAUGAGCUCUGGAAAACUGGCAGGUAUAGAAAUUAUCCUCCUGAGCAACUUGUAGACAUUGUAGCAAGAAUCCUAGCCAUGGUACCCCCAUGGACACGUGUUUAUAGAGUUCAGCGGGAUAUUCCCAUGCCUCUGGUUACCUCUGGUGUUGAGAAAGGAAAUCUUAGGGAGCUGGCGUUAGCUAGGAUGGAUGACUUGGGUUUGAAAUGCCGUGAUGUUCGAACGCGAGAAGCUGGGAUCCAGGAUAUUCACAACAAGAUUAAGCCAGAAGAAGUGGAACUUGUUCGUCGUGAUUACAUGGCCAAUGAAGGUUGGGAAACAUUUCUGUCAUAUGAAGAUACACGCCAGGAUAUACUUGUUGGGUUGUUGCGAUUGCGAAAAUGUGGCAGGAACACUUCUUGCCCAGAACUCAUGGGCAAGUGCUCUAUUGUCCGUGAACUCCAUGUUUAUGGUACUGCUGUUCCUGUUCAUGGGCGGGAUGCUGAGAAGCUACAACACCAGGGAUAUGGUACACUUUUGAUGGAAGAGGCAGAGCGGAUUGCAAGCAAGGAGCAUAGAUCAACAAAAAUAGCUGUUAUUUCAGGUGUAGGAACCCGCCAUUAUUAUAGGAAAUUGGGCUAUGAGCUUGAAGGGCCUUACAUGGUGAAAUCCCUUGACUGAUAAGAUCUUUCUUUUGAUAUAUAACACAAUUUUGUAUCUUGUUUUCGAAAUUAGUAUUAAAAUUUUGUCUGGUUAUUA